CGCGCCAGUAGAGGCGUCCUUCCGCGUUCUCUCUGUCGUGCACACACGCCGGAGUAGCCACGCGGCGAGUGAGUGAUUUUUAUUACCAACGAGCAGUGCCACCGGGGAGAGGAGGACGGAAGUAGCCGUUAAGUGAAGUUCCUCGACUUUUCGCGAUCGGUCAACCAGAGACCCGCAGGGAUGACGAGGUAGCCCCCCAUCCAAGGGAUUGGAUUACCAUGCUGGACACGGCCACGAGUCGCAGGUGGCCGUUAGAAGUUCAAGCUGAAACCGCGAAGAGCACCGAUUGGCAGCGGCAUGCUCGCGAUAUAGCGUUCAAGCAUCGACAAUCUUCUCCGUGAGGUUACUCUGCCAUGUUGCUUAGGUGAACGGGAGGGAGGCGGUGCUGACCGGUGGCGGCGGCGGCCAUGCGCCCCGGCCCGCCAGUACAGCCGAGCCGCCGCAGGCCUCCCCGUCGCCAGGAACUCCAUCAGGAACGUAACCGACGGCACCGGCAAGAUCAACCGCAACCGUUGCUGCUCCAUUCGCGGCCGUUAGGCAGCAGCAGCUCGCGGGCCCUGCUGGUGUUGCUGCUGCUGGCCAGCAGCCCUCUGGUCCUGGGCCUGGCGGAACCGCCAGGAUUACCCGGGGCCGAGUGGCAGCAGGCGAUCUCCAGACAAACGUACCCGAAGUCCAGUUUCGGACGUACCAUACAACCGAGGAAACAGCAGAAUCUUACCAUUGGAUACCUCACGGCGAUCAAAGGCGGCCUGAAAGAUCGUCAGGGACUAGCGAUCUCCGGUGCUUUCUCCAUGGCCCUUGACGAGAUCAACAACGACCCGAACAUAUUGCCGAACGUGAAGCUGGUGAUGCGAUGGAGCGACACGAGGGGCGAAACGGUGGAAGCCACCAAGGCAAUGAUCGAUAUGAUCUGCGACGGGGUUGCUGCCUUCUUUGGACCAGAAGGCUCGUGCUACGUCGAAGCCAUAGUCGCACAGUCCAGGAACAUACCCAUGAUCAGUUAUAAAUGCUCGGACUACAAGGCCUCGAAGGUGAACACGUUCGCGAGGACCGAGCCGCCGGACACGCAGGUGACGAAGUCGGUGAUCGCGUUGCUGCUACACUACGGCUGGAACAAAUUCACGAUCAUCACCGAGAGCGCAUGGUCGACGGUCGCCCGUUCGCUGGAGGAACAGGCGACCAAGAACAAUCUCACCCUGAACCAUUACAAGACCGUCGAGGAUCGGCACACGUGUUGCGAGGAACGGCUGCCCUGUUGUCAAGUCAGCGUGUGGUUCCAACUUAUACAGGAGACCAAAAAUAUGACCAGGAUAUACAUAUUCCUGGGCACGGCGAUGUCGCUGAUCGACAUGAUGAACGCGAUGCAGAACCAACGUCUGCUCGACAACGGGGAGUACAUGGUGAUACACGUGGACAUGAUGACGUACUCGCCGCGCGAGGCGCAAAAGUACUUAUGGAAACCGGAACAUUUCGACAAUCUGCACAAUUGCCUGGAGCCGAAGGACUUUCUAAAGAGGGCAAAAUCGUUGAUGGUGGUGAUGUCCACGCCACCGACACAGAAUUACGAGGAGUUCACGAAACGGGUCCGCGAGUACAGCAGCAAAGAGCCGUUUAACUUCGUGAUCCCUGAACUGCUGCGGAAGUACGAGAAGUACGUCUCGAUUCACGCCGCGUACCUGUACGAUUCCGUGAAACUGUACGCGAGAGCCCUGGACCAGCUGCUGCGUGACCAGCCGGAGCACACGCUGGAGGAGAUCGCGAGUAACGGCACGCAGAUCAUAGAGACGAUUAUCAGGAAUCACACGUAUCAAAGUGUAAGCGGGGCGACGAUAAAAUUCGACAAGUUCGGGGACUCGGAGGGGAACUUCUCGGUGCUGGCCCUGAAGAAGGACCCGUUCCGUUUGAACAACUUCUCCUGCGAUUAUCAAAUGAAACCCGUCGGCCAAUUCCAACAGGGUGAAACGCAGGUGUACAGACCGUCGGAGUCGAUGGACUGGCCAGGUAAAAACAAACCGGAAGCAGAGCCAGGAUGCGGUUUUCUCAAUGAACACUGUCCGAAAGACGACACGCAUCUGCGUAGCAUCGUCGCCGCCGGCGUCCUCGCCGUUCUGUUGUUCUGCGCGGCGGUGAUCACGAUGAGCAUAUAUCGUAGAUGGAAGAUCGAGCAGGAAAUCGAGGGACUGCUGUGGAAGAUCGAUCCCAGCGAGAUACACGGUUAUCCUCAUCUUGACAACAUGAUGUCCUCCCCUAGUAAGUUAAGCUUAGUUAGUGCAAUGUCCUACGAGUCAAGAUGCGGCGGCCAGGUGUUCGCUCAAACCGGGCAUUACCAUGGGGUGGUGGUGCGUAUAAAGGAGCUGAAGUUCUCGAAAAAGAAGGACAUCUCGCGGGACGUGAUGAAGGAGAUGCGUAUCCUACGGGAGAUCCGGCACGGUAAUCUGAACUCGUUCAUCGGCGCGUGCGUCGAGCCGAUGAGGAUAUUGUUGAUUACGGACUAUUGCGCCAAAGGAAGUCUUUACGACAUAAUCGAGAACGAGGAUAUUAAGUUGGACGAUAUGUUCAUCGCGUCGUUAGUUCACGAUCUCAUUAAGGGUAUGCUGUACAUUCAUGAGUCGUCUGUGCUAGUCUGUCACGGUAAUCUGAAGUCUUCCAAUUGCGUGGUGACCUCGCGAUGGGUACUGCAAGUCUCUGAUUUCGGACUGCACGAUAUGCGGCACUGCGCCGAGUCCGAUAGCAUUGGUGAACAUCAGUAUUAUCGAAAUUUAUUUUGGAAAGCACCCGAGCUGUUAAGGAAUCCCAAUGCUCCGAUCAGAGGUACUCAGGAGGGAGACAUUUACUCGUUCGCUAUAAUACUGUUCGAAAUGAUUGGACGGAAAGGGCCGUACGGUGGCGUGAAUCUAGAACCCAAAGAAAUCAUAGACCGAGUGAAGAGGUUCCCGGAGGAUGGUGAACCACCGUUUAGACCUAACAUAGAGAUACUCUCCGAGUCCGAGGCGGACUGUGCCGAGUAUAUAGUUAGUACGAUUACCGACUGCUGGGCGGAAAGCCCGGAACUAAGGCCUGAUUUCAAAAUGAUAAGGACGCGGUUGAAGAAAAUGAAAGCGGGCCGGCAUCGGAAUAUUAUGGACCAAAUGAUGGACAUGAUGGAGAAGUACGCGAACAACCUCGAAGAUCUAGUCAGUGAACGUACACGCCUUCUUUUCGAGGAGAAGCAGAAAACGGAGGAUCUGCUUCACAGAAUGUUACCCGAACCCGUGGCUAACUGUUUGACAAAUGGUAUCGGUGUAGAACCGGAAGCCUUUGACCUGGUCACGAUCUACUUCAGUGACAUCGUUGGCUUCACCGCUAUGUCGGCGGAGAGUACACCCUUCCAGGUUGUAAACUUUUUGAACGACCUGUACACUUUAUUCGAUCGCAUUAUCAAAGGAUACGAUGUGUACAAAGUGGAAACUAUCGGCGAUGCAUACAUGGUGGUUUCUGGUUUACCUAUCAAAAAUGGAAACAGACACGCCGGGGAAAUUGCAUCGAUGUCCCUGGAACUGCUCAAUGCCGUGAAACACCACACCAUAGCACACAGGCCUCAAGACACGCUUAAAUUACGUAUAGGAAUCCAUACAGGUCCCGUGGUGGCUGGUGUAGUUGGUCUAACUAUGCCCAGGUAUUGUCUCUUCGGGGACACCGUGAACACUGCCUCUCGUAUGGAAUCGAACGGGGAGCCAUUGCGUAUUCACAUAAGCGAACAGUGCAAAGAUGCCUUGGACAAAAUCGGUGGUUACAUUAUCGAAGAACGUGGUUUGGUUCACAUGAAAGGAAAGGGAGAUGUGAAAACCUAUUGGCUCACAGGAGCCACCGAAAAAGCUAUCCAAAAACGAGAGGUCGAUGUAGGUGAUCUACCGCCGCUUUUCUGCAGACCGAGAAGGAGUCCGAAAUUAAACGCGGAUUCUCGUCAGGCUUCAUUAUUAGGUGGCCUAGGAGCAGGCAGUCGAAGACAGUCGAGUGUACCGCGACCAACUACAGACGACUCUUCGUCCCAAUGCGGAGGAUCGAGCCCGUUACCAAGAUCUCUCAACUCAAGAAAAAUCGAACGAUCUCCUCUUUAUCUAGCAGACAGUGUAUCCAAGACAACGUUGGACAACGUUACGCUGGACGACGCUGAGCCAAGGCCGAUCACCAUUAAAAUGACGCUCGAUGAUUUCUACAUCGACACCAGGCCGAAGUUUCGGAAAAACGCAAGAGUUUUAUCGACGAUAGCCUCGUCAUCCUCCACCAGUGACUAUCCAUUCCAGAACAUAAUACGGGAGUCUCGUUCGCUGGACCCGUUCCCAUUGGAAUGGUACAACAAAAGGUUCGAAUCGCCGAAUUUCUCGUGGAAGCAGCCGAAGAAGAGUUUCCGAUCGUUGGAGAACUGUGACAAGUGCACACGGACAAACUCGAAGACGAACAUUUCCGGGAAAGUGUUGAAUAACAAUUAUCCCAACGGUAAUGUGAUAAUAGUGCCCCAUACCGAUGGAUCGCCGAACGAGGCAGAGACACCGUUGUUAGGAGAUGAAAGUGGCUGCAUCGGGGAAGUAGUGCCUGUCAAACGUUGGCGUUCUUUAGAUCAAGUGGCGUCCGUCCCCAAUACGGACAGUGUGCCGGACAAGAAAUCCUCCGCGAGGAAUUCGAUCAGAAGUUGGCUAAUAAAUCUGUUCAGUGGAAACGGAUUAAGGAGCAGCGAUGUUUCAUUGAGACGUGGUGUGAUAGCGGGCUACGAUAUACAAUCGGAGCGGGAAAGUAUAGUUUGAUAAUUCAGUUUUCCUUCCCUCGAAGAGAAAGCACACAAGUAUAUAGAACCCUGUGCUAUGAAACGUAUGAGUGCACAAAAACUUCAUUACAAGGUCUACGAGUCAUAAGCAUGUUGUGUUGUUGCCAUUUGUUUCUCUUC